AUUUUUUCUCUUCGCAGAGUUGUUUUUGGAAUUGAGCUUUUGUUAUGGCGCUGCAUGUCGCGUUGUGGUCCUUGUAUAUUUCAUCGUUCGUCCUGGGGGAAAAAGAACCCGGUAGCGAUGAAAGAAACCAAAUGUUGGAUUCCAUGAUACCUGGCAGUUCUCCGGUCGAUUGGUGUGAGGACAAUUACUCCAUUGUAUCAUCCGUUGCUGAAUUCGUCAACACGAUGAGCAACUUUGGAUUCCUGUUGUUUCCGCCGGUGUUGCUAAUCCUGUUUCAGCCGUAUGCUCAGCAUAUUCAGAGAGAAAUUUAUUUCGUUUGGAUUCUUCUGAUCAUCGUCGGCUUGUGCUCCAUGUAUUUCCACGCCACGCUUUCAUUGCUCGGGCAAUUAUUGGACGAAAUGGCCAUUUUGUGGCUGAUGAUGUUCAGUCUGUCACUGUGGUACCCGAACCGAUACCAUUUGCCAUAUUUCCGCGAGAAUAAGAGGCACUUCAAGAUAUUGAUGAUGGUGGCGACCAUCUUGUGCUCCUUCUUGGGCUGCGUUAACCCGGUUUUGAACGCCUUCGCUUUGAUCGGAAUGGGAAUACCGACAAGCAUUAUUAUGAUGGUUGAACUACGCAGAUUGGGCGAAGGAAAAGCGAUGCGACUCGGAAUCCGCUCAUCGUUUCUCUGGGGAGCUGCGUUGUUUUGCUGGAUUAACGAUCGUUUGUUCUGCGACGCCUGGUCCAGCAUCCAGUUUCCUUACUUGCACGGGUUUUGGCACGUUUUGGUGUGCAUUGCUGCUUAUUCCGGAUGCGUUCUGUUUGCGUAUUUCCACGCUCGUACCGAGUGUCCGAACGAGAAACCCGUGUUGCAGUUUUGGCCUUCGGAAAAGUGCGAAAUAUUAUCCUUUCCGUACGUGGCGCUGAGAGCCAGACGUCCCGCUGACCCAGAACAUGUCAAGGAUUAUUGAAUCCAUGGUACUUUUUUUGUAUUUUAAGUUUCUGCAUUCCUUUUUCUUGAGUCUCUUCGUCGCAAAAAAAAAAAAUUUUGAGAGACCGAAAUUUGAUGUUGAGUUCGACUUCCGAGGUUUCGGGAUGUACAUGUAUACCCAACGGACAAUUUAGAUUUUAGAAUGACCUUAAAUUGGGUUGAUCGGGCUCCUAGUGAACUUAUGAUUUUCAUGAUUUUCCAUCAGAUGCCAGUAGGCUCGGACUUUCUUUUACGUUUAGAGGAAUCAUUCAGGUACCAGCUGAAGUUCUCCCUUCAUCGUCAUGUGACGAAACUCAAAUGUGGAGGAUUAUAAUCUUUAUUUUAUGCAUUGUGUUCUUGUUUCCAAUCCAUUUGACGAGCAUGUGAACGGGUACCCAGUUACUUUACCACUGGAUCUGGUUCCAAGUUAACUUGAUUUCCUCUCGGGUCCCGGUUGGGUUCUGAUGCUCCUGGUCUGUCAUGGGUUAACAUUUGUGUACAAUAAUUUCAUCUGUCAUUCAUUGAUGAAACCCAGAAAUGAAGAAAUGUAGUUUUGUGUAUAAUUAGGUUUGGUAGGGUUACACUGUAACUUAUUCAAGAUAAGAUGGUGAAAGAUCGAUUUUUAUUUUCAGUUUUGGUGCAAAAUUUGAAGUUUCAAGAAUUGAAACAGAAAAUAUGCAGAAAAAUAAAAAUGUGCAGUAAAUCAACUGAACUUGAUAGUAAUGUGAUGAGAUUUUUAAAAAUUUGGUCAACUCUCUUUUUUUUAAUUUGAGAUUUGAUGACUUUAUUUCGAUGAGAACAAAGAACAACUUCAAAACAAUCAAUUAAACAUCCUAGUGUCUAGACGAUUUCUGUGUACAGUACAGUACAGUGAAUGUAUCGAGGAUUAUCUCAAAACCAUUUUUUCCAAAGGAGAAAGUGCAAGUCCACUUGGAACCCAAUUAACCCAAUUACUCGGUUUUUUUUUAAGUAUUUGCGAAAUAUGAUCAUCGCAAGGAUUUCGCAUUAGCGUGAACGAGUAUUCGAUGCAAUAAUUUCGAAAGUGACAGCCAAAAAAUAAUUUUGGUUGGAAUGGGACACUUCGCUCUCUGGAUCGAAACGGGAAACACAACGAAAAAUCUUGGGCAUGAAACUUGAUUGUGAAUUGUUACUUGAUCAAAGACAAACCGCUUUGGAAAGCCAUGUUUGCGGAGCUUGGAUCUAAAUUUGAGUGAGGACAUUUUUGGGUCAGUUGCUGCGUCGCAGCAAUUUACGAAGACCAAGAGAACGUUUAACUUUUUCCUUUUUUGAAGGGCAUGGUUGGAUUGGUUGGUACAAAGGUGGAUCAACGAGUUAAGAUUGUGAGGCUGUUCGUUCGGCGUUUU